GCAGCGGGACCCGCAUUGCAUGCAGAGGGACCGUGGGUGCGGGUUGAUUGGUCACUGUGGUGGGGGCAUCUCCAGUGAACAAAGGGCAAGCGGCAGGCUCUGCUCACCCCCUUCCCCUCCCCACACACACACGCGAGCUUAACACAGGAGGGACAACGCGUGCGACAAUUAGGAUUGUUCUACACGGGUGAAUGGUCGUAUUGUUGUAGGGCCGUACACAUGGUUAUUAUAUAUUGUUUCCCCUUCCAAUUGUCGGAAUAAGUUUUCGGUUCGCUCGCUGGGUUUUUGUGGCGAGUCUCAAGGAGAGAAGUUGUUGGCUCAAAGUUGUGCAAGGACCCUGAGGAGUUUAGAGAGUGAAGAGAGGAACAGCAGCGGGAGGAGGAGGAGAUCGAGGAGAGACAUCGCUGCUGUUGAGACAGCUGGCGGGCACGACCAUGGCGGGCGUUACGACGCGCAAGAAGCUGGUGGUGGUGGGAGAUGGUGCGUGUGGGAAGACGUGUCUGCUGACGGUGUUCAGCAAGGAUAAGUUCCCCGAUGUGUAUGUGCCCACCGUGUUUGAGAGCUACGUGGCUGACAUCAAAGUGGACGGCAGGCAGGUGGAGCUGGCCCUGUGGGACACGGCCGGGCAGGAGGACUACGACCGCCUAAGGCCGCUCUCCUACCCUGACACCGACGUCAUCCUCGUGUGCUUCUCCGUGGACAGCCCUGACUCGCUGGAGAACGUGUCGGAGAAAUGGGUCCCCGAGGUGCAGCACUUCUGCCCCAAUGUGCCCAUCGUGCUGGUGGCCAACAAGAAGGACCUCCGUGGUGACAAAUCCGUGCUGCAAAAGCUGGCACGCAUCAAGCAGGAGCCCCUGAAACCCAAGGAUGGGAGGACCAUGGCAUCUCGCAUCCAGGCCUUCGACUACGUGGAGUGCUCUGCGAAAACCAAGGAUGGUGUGCGUCUCGUCUUCGAGACAGCCAGCAGGGCCGCCAUCCAGACGCAGUCCAAACGCCGCAGCCGCUCGUGCUUCAAGUGCAACCUGCUUUAACGGACAUGGGGAACGUGCGUGAUCGUGUGCGGUCAGGCGGACGUUUGUGGCGACUGAACCACUGUGCCCAGCAACACACCACUGGCAGCAAUACAACCGCUGCUGCUGUCUGCACCUUCGAUUGGCUACGUACGAUGCGAAAGAAGUUCGAUGUAUGUGCACUCACAUCGUGGUCAACGCCAAACAAUACAGCCACUGCACACACUUAACUGCCAAUGCCACAAGCUCGGUCGCAUCAGCACUUGUGCCACUGCCAAAAACGUGAGCACAACCAUGACCACCAUCACUACUAGCUUCAUUGUCAACACCAAAACCUUUUUUCUGCUGCCAUCGUGGUGCUGAUAGUGGUAUUGACGACAACACUAUCAAUACCACUACCACGACUACUCAUUACCACCUCCACUAUCACCACCACCAUCACUGCUACUGCCACUACUACCGUCGCCGCUUCCUCCACGGGCCUUUCAAUGUCUUUACCAGCUCUCGAUCUCCAUGCUGGCCAUUGAACCUCCCCAGAAGCUUCUUGACAUCCUCCAAUGUCCACCUUACCUGUCUGGCAGCAUCACCAGCAUCCUUGGCUUCUCAACGUCUGCAGCAUCAUCUUGAGCGUCUGUGGUACUCUGGGGGUAGUGUGGAAGCGGAGGAGGUAACGGGGGCAGUGAAGGAGAAGAAAUAUAGCUUUGGUAGACACAGUGGAGAGGUGGUGGGGACAGGGAUGAGAGAUGGUGGAGAUGAUGUAGAGUUGGAGGAGAAUGAAGAAGUGGUGAAGAUCAUGUAGAGGUGGUGGCGACCCGGAAGAGUUGGUGUAGAUGAGCCAGUCCUGAACAAAAUGACACGGAAUGAUUUUGGCAAAAACGAUGCAACUAUCUUCAGCAAUGCUUUCAGACUGCCUCGUGGAACGGUGCAGUCGACUGUCCCUGAUGGCGAAUGUGGACUUUUAAGAUUACUAAUAUAGUAAAUGCUUAUCUUUAAAGGUAAAUGUAUAUUGUACUUUGAAAUGUUGAGCGAUGUUGAUUUAAUUUAUUUGCGAUUUCUUUCAAGACAUUUUUUGUCUUCUGUUUUGGACACUAAUGAAUUUAACCACUUGCGGCUAAAACUGAAAGCGUAAGUUUACACACCGGUUUGACUUUUAAAAGUAAAUACUGUACAGAACUCUUUUGGUUGAAAUGUCGAGGUAAUUUUUUAUUGUCAAUUUAAGGUACAAUUUUUGGGAUUACACAACAUAUAAUUUGGUCCUAUCAUGCACCUGUUGUUUGUGUUGAACAUGAAAAUCGGUUUACUUUUUAUGGGCUUUGUGACGUGUAAACUGAGUUUGUAGACACACGUACAUGUGCACUCAUACUGUACACACGUACAAAACCUGUACACAUACAACUCGCACACAUGUACAUUUAUCUGUACACAAAGACAAAAAGUCCCCUUAUAGGUUUUUUUAGGCCUUUUUGGAAGUGCUGGAAACAUACUUAAAGCCUAUACACGUACACUUACCCAUGUACGCUCAUCUAUACACAACACAUCUAUGUACAGACAUUUGCACUCUUGCACUAAGUUUAUAUACACACUUCACUGUGUACAUGUACACGCUUACACUUACAUAUACAUGUAUGUUUACAGACGUGUAUGAACAGGUACACACAUGGUUUACAGUUCAAGCACUGCAGCUGUGUACAUUUCACAAUUUAACAAGUUGCCAAUAAUGGAAUGAGUUUCACGGGACUACUUUAAACGAAUCCCUUAUCCUCUUGUGAUUAAAAAGAACAGACCCCCCCCCCCGACUUUUUGCCCACGCAUUUUUUAAAAAGUACCCAAAUAAAGUUAUUUGCGUGGAAAGAAGUUAAUUUUAAAAUCUUUACGUGAGCUUGGAUGACUCAGAGGCAGUAAUUGCACAAGCAAUUGCACAAGCAGUGUACGCUGCUUUCUUAAACAAUGGCACAACAUUUUAGGAAGUCUUCAACGGAUUUGUCCACACCAUGAUAAUGUGGAAUUUCCAUCGCUGGCUCCCGGGGUCACCAAGAAAAGAAAAUGGGCACUGCCACACACGGUUGUUUGGGCAGGGGAACACUUUGACUUGAAACAUAUAUGCAGGUGGUUUAUCCAGGAAAAGCCUGACAUGGUUUCUGCAUUUGGGGGGGGGGGGGGAUAAUUGCCAUGUAUGUACCAAUUGAGUCAUUUGUGGGUAAUUUUUUUCGGAUUAAUAUACUCGCAGAAUUUAAUCAAGGAGGCCACUGGGUUUGAACUGUGAACGUCCACCGUGAACGCUCUGCUGCUAGACUAUCAAUGGUGCUACGGUCUCGAAAUGUUAACUACCUCGCCUGGUAUACAGGAGAUUGUGGGUUCCAUCUCGACCCUGAUGCCUCUAUAUUUGAAGGUUGUGUGUUCUUCCCCUGGUCGUGUGGAUUUUUCUCUGCGUGCUCCGGUAUUUUCCUCCACAUUUAGAAACUGGUGUUUCGAGAAUUGGCUGCUAGGCCUCUUUAAAUUCCAGGUUAUUGUGGCAGAGCCAGCAUCUCCUUAGAGCAAUCACUGUUCAUGUUGGGCUUCCAGGAGGAAGGAUUUGUUUUGAUGAGGUCAGGUUGAACUUGGAUGAGAUUUGAACUAAUUUAAAGGGCCUGUACUCACCAGUACGAUCAAGUAAAUGCCUUCCCGUGUGGGUUGUGCCCCUUUCCAUUGGUAGUCCUGAAAUGAAGGGAAGUACACAUUAACAUGACAUGGGCCAGUGUAUGCAUAUUAUAACCACUUUACAAAGUACUGGAUUACUACUUCGUAGAUUUAGCUAUUUGUGCUGAAUAUCUCCGAUGUGUUUUUGGGUUGUACCAUAUGUUAUUUGGCAUGAUGCCUGACAUUUCACUCCACGUGCUUAGGGCUGGUUCAGAAACUGCGUUCAAAUAAUUCGCCUCUUUAAGUGAUGGAAAAAACGCUCCAUCCCAUCACGGCAGACACACUAGUGCAGGUCGGAACACAAAUAUCUCGCAACAGGAAGUUGUGCAAUGCAUGUACAAAAUCUCUACAUCUGUGUGUGCUGUUAAAUCUAACUAUUUCAGUUCACAAAAAAAAUAUUCCAGUUCCUGAAGACGUUCCCAGCAUGUGGAGUGAAAUGUCUGACAUUGUGCCGAACAACACAACGUACGAACACACAUAGUCAAACAUAACCCACAGCGAAUGCGCUCUUGGGGCACUUGCCUGUCUGCGACCUUAUUCGCAGUCACGUGACUGAAAAAUACUGAAGUGACGUCAUGCUCCCAGGGUGUGUGAGUCAGACUUGCCAGUGAGCGUGUGUAGGUGGGUGCGUCCGAGGCCUGCUUUGUGAAUUCCACUGUUUAGUGGCUGGUUUCAAUUAGAUAGUGGCCGAUUCUCAGUGUGCUGCUGCAUUGUAAAUAUUGGUGUGCGCAUUUAUUAUGUGGGAUUGAAGCAGUAUUGCAAUUCAAGUUGGCAGUUCCAUUCACAUUUUAGGGUGGCAGACCGAUUACCCACAUUGCCAUGAGUUAAAUUGUCAAACGUAACCAACAUUAUGCUCUGAUUAGAGUGUGGGAUGGUGCUUAAUCCAUUAUAAACCUUGAGUCAGCGUUGUAAAUUCCACAUGUCCAUGCCAGUAGACAGUCUUAUUACAAAAACUGCUGGAACCCGUUAAAUCAGCAUUGACCGACCCGGAGCCUUCUAAUUGUGCAUCGAGCACCAAACCAAACACCGCCGAGCCGAAUAAGGAGCUAUAGGUGUGUGCGUUAGGCCUAUGACUGGAAAAACGAUUAAGACAUUUCUUCUUAUAUAUGAAAGUCUCAGCGCGCGUGCGCUUGCGGAGGAUUUGACUCUCGGACCGCGGGGUUAGCAGCCCGGGCCCCAGACUCGGCCGGCCGGGCAAUCUAGGCGAGGCCGGAGACUUUGCACGGGACUAGGCCUCGUCACGGCAAUCUGUCACGGAGUACUUUGUGCAAUAAAGUCGAUAUAUACACUG